AUGCCCGCUCACCGUGCAGCGCAGCAAGCUGCCGACUCGGCGCACAUCUACCAGGUCAAGGCGACGAGGCGCGGCACGGGCGACCAGGUCACGCUCGCGUACCGCAUCGUCGGCGAGGCGGGCCACGGCUCGUUCGGCGUCGUCCUCAAGGCCGAGCUGCUGCAGGGCGGCGGCACAGACGUGGUCGCGAUUAAGCGCGUCAAGCAGGACGAGCGCUCCAAGAACCGCGAGCUGCAGAUCAUGAGCGCCGUCGCCCACCCGCACAUCGUCAAGCUUCAGGCCUUCUGGUUCGAGGCGUCGUUGUCGGGAGAAGACGCCGUCGAGACGUGGCUGCACCUCGUGUUCGAGCUCAUCCCUAAGACGCUGCAUCACCUGUCCCGCAGCUACUCGAGGCGCAACGAGUACGUCCCCGAGCUCCUCGUCAAACUGUGGGUGUACCAGCUCCUGCGCGCCCUGUCGUACCUUCACUCGAUUGGCGUCUGCCACCGCGACAUCAAGCCGCACAACCUCAUGUGCGACCCAGCUUCUGGUCGACUCGUCCUCAUCGACUUUGGCUCAGCAAAAGUUCUGGGCGAGGCAAACGUGUCGUACACGUGCUCGAGGUUCUACCGCGCUCCCGAGCUCGUGCUCGGCGCCUCGCUGUACGCCGACUCGAUCGACCUCUGGUCGAGCGGCUGCGUCCUCGCCGAGCUGCUAGCGGGCAAAACGUUCUUCGUCGGCCAAGACGGCGUCGGUCAGCUCGUCGAGAUCAUCAAGGUGCUCGGGACGCCGACUCGGCGCGAGGUCCUCGCCAUGCAGCCGACGUACGUCGAGCACGAUUUUGCCAUCGCCUCGCCUGAAGCGCUCGACCUUCUCGCCUCGAUCCUGGUCUACACGCCUUCGUUCAGGCCCCGCGCGAUCGAGGCCAUGUGCCACCCGUUCUUCGAUGAGCUGCGCCUCGGCAACACGCGCUCGUCGAGCGCGAACGGCACGAGCGGGUCAGGGCGGCAGGGCAGGCGGUGGGGGCUCGUCAUGCCCGAUAGUCAAGCCGUCACGGUGCCUCCGUUUGACUUUUCGACGCACGAGCUGUCGAUCUGCCCCGACCUCAACCCUAUCCUCGUUCCCUCGCACGCCCGCGCCGCACUCCUCGCCGGGCCCGACGGCAUCGACCUCGACCGGUUCAAGCCGAUCGACCUUGCGCCCUUGCGGCUCUCGCUCGACUAG